AUGCUUCAGCUUUGGAAACUUGUUCUCUUGUGCGGCCUGCUCACUGGGACCUCGGCAUCUCUUCUUGGAGACCUUAGCAACGACCUGAAUAAUGUUGUGGACAAGCUGAAACCUGCUGUUGAGAAAGGACUUGAGACCAUUGACAAUACAGUUGAAUCUAUCCUUCAGAAACUGAAGGCUGACGUGGCGGUGCUUCAGGAUUCCAAGGUUUGGCAGCUGGCCAAGCAGAAGCUGCAGGAAGCUGAGAAGUUGGUGAACGAUGCUCUUUCGAAGGUCCUCUCACUUAAGAACGGGACUUUGAGCUUGAACAUCCUUAACUCCCGCAUCCUGAAUAUCAGAAUUGAACUGACUCCUGAUGGUGAAGGCAUUAACAUAAGGGUCCCCGUCACCGCUAAUGUCACCCUGGCUCUGCCUCUCAUUGGCAAGAAGGUCAACCUGAAGGUUUCUUUGGACCUCCUGACUAGCCUCAGACUUGAAACCGAUGCCCAGACUGGCAUCCCCAAAGUGGUCGUGGGAGAAUGCCUCAGUGACUCAGACAGCAUCUCCAUCACCUUGCUGGACGGCCACAGUCAACUGAUCAACAAGGUCCUGAACUCCAUGACCAGCAUCCUGGAAAAGACUGUGUCCCACCUAAUAGAGAAGGAUGUGUGCCCAUUGAUCCACCUCUUGGUCUCCACCGUGGAUGAACAUAUUUUACAUGACAUCAUUGAACCUGCCUGUGAGAUGUGA